CAAAACCUACUGUUCACUUCCUGCAUUAAUCAUAUCGAAGAUGAGCAGUUUUCAUGUUGCGUUGAAUUUUGGCGGUGUUAAACUAGACCCAUUAUAUUCUCGGUGAAUCAUUUUGCUGGUUGAAGACAGGAAAUUUUGUCGAUGGAGGCCGUGGCGAAAUAUAAGUUUACUGCUUCUCAAGAUGACGAACUCUCCUUCGAAAAAGGCAGCGUUCUGAAUAUCUUAGACAAAGAUGAGGACAGAAAUUGGUAUAAAGCAGAACAAAACGAUCAAGAAGGUUGGAUUCCAAACACCUAUAUAACGAUGAGACCUCACAGCUGGUUCCAUGGUAAAAUAACAAGAAGACAAGCAGAAGAAGCACUUCUGCAGGUCCAACAUGAAGGUGCCUUUCUCAUCCGAGAGAGUGAGAGCUCACCAGGAGACUUCUCUCUGUCUGUUAGAACUGGCGACCAUGUUCAGCACUUCAAAAUUUUUAAAAAUGAGGAGAGGAAGUACUAUUUGUGGAUAAGAAAGUUUUCAUCUCUCAACAUGUUGGUAGAGCACCACAAAACAAACUCAGUCAGCAACAAUCAACAAAUAUUCCUCAGUGAUACAGACUUAAGAGAUGAGAUGGUGCAGGCCUUGUUUAAUUUUGCUGCGCAAGACACAGAUGAGCUGAGUUUCACGGCAGGUCAGUGGAUAACAGUGUUGGAUAAAAGUAAUCCUGAUUGGUGGAAGGGACAAGUCAAUGGAGCUAUCGGAAUCUUUCCUUCAAACUAUGUAACUGCCCCAACACCUAACCAAACAUAAAUAGAAUAGAAAUCAAACAUUCAGGGCCAGUUAUUUUAACAAAAUUAAACUAAGAAAGCAGCCUUAGACAAUCAAUCAACUGAAAGAUUCUUUAUAGGUGAUAGCUGUUCAAAAUCGAAAUACAAACAUAAUGGUCAGCUGAAUUGGAGAUGAUGAAGACUAGUUAAAAUAACUGGCCCAAAGUUUUCCAACAUUCUUUGUAAAUAGAAUUCACAGUUUGUAGUUCCUUCAAUGAAACACUUUAAAAUGUCCUUGUUUAAAUUUGUCGUUAGAUGGUGAUAUAGUUUUACUGAUAUUUCAAAGAAUGUUACCACCUAACAAAUAGAAUUCAAACCAGAUGUACAUUAAUUUAGCUUGUCACCAUUUCCUUGUAAGUAUGAAGUUUUAUUUGCCGUUUUUAUCAUUGUUCUUGAGGGUCAUUUUGCAAAUAAAACAAUUUAAUUUCCAUAGUUAAGAUAUAUUUUUAAGCCUUAGAAAUUACCCCAUUGAUCCAUUAUUUUUAUUUUGCAAAAGUAAUACACUUAGUUAUUCCUAUGACAUAGAUUAAAAUGUUUGUAUAUUUUUUAAUCAGUUUUUUUUAACUGUAUCUAAUAAGUGUUAUCUUUACCAUGAUGUACCUGUUGAAACUCAGAUUUGAUCCUGAUGACUAAUUAUUGUAUCUCUUCAUAAGUAUGUAUGCUAUGAUUGGUCAAUUAAUCAGAGUGUGUUUUACAUUCAAAAGCUUUUGAAUUGGAAUCUUCCUCUUCUAUGUGGAGCUACAAUAUAUAAUUAGGCCUUUAACUCCUAAGAUUUCAUUUUAGUAAUUUUCCUUAAUUUUUUCCAUUCAAUUCAUGUGAUGUUAGUGUGGAGAAUUUGGAAUUGGAUCUACCAAUAAUCCCCUUAUUGAUGUUUUUCUUUAUUCUCAUUAACGUCUGUUUGAUAUCGUACUGAUAGUGUAAGGAGAAAUUCUGUCAAGGUCACUUGUGGGACUUAAAGGGUUAAUGUCCUAUUGACCUCAAUUUCUAAGUCCAUAUUGUAAGCUAUGGAGACAAGUUUUUCUGCCUUGCAAUUGGGCCACAAGUCUGAGUAGGAAAAAACUUGGUCUAUAAUUUAAAGUCAAGACUUUGAACUUGGCUAGUAAGAGGUACACAAACAUUUCUGAUAUCCAAAGCAGGUGUUGCAAACUAGGUAUUUAUCGUAGAAGUAGUAACUGGUAAUACAUAUUGAAACUUGGGAAGUAGGUUAUUGAACUGAGGGUGCAGUGAAAGGACUGUGUCUUUUCUGGUAACAGUAUUAAUUUGUGGUAUAUCCACCCUAAAUAUUACAAUAAUUAUAAUUAUAUUUAACUUUAAAAAGAAUUGGUAUAAAGUUGUAUUUUUUUUUGGUGGCUUCUUAAGCAAUCAGUGGAUCAAUGACUUGGAAUUGUAAAGUAAUAUGUAUCAUUUUUAAUUGUUUGUCAUUUUUAAUACUGAGAGAAGUGUAAAAAGGAUGUUGUUUUCUUAACAUCCUUUGGGGAUGACAAAGUAUGCCGUAGCAGUAUGUUUAGUCUAUCAUCAAGCUGCAAGGAAAUUCUAAAAAUCAGGCUGGUUUGAGGGAUUGAGUCGUAUUAUUUUUUUAUAGGUUAUUAAAAAAACACUAUGGCAUAAAUCGUAUGCAAUAGAGUAAAAAGUAUAAAGAAUUGUGUGCAGCAACAAAAUAAUGAAUACUUGUAUGCAAUAGACCAAGAUGUUCCUUUGCAGUUUUUCCAUUUAAUAAAUUGCUUCAAAGGCUCAAAACUUUCUAAGUGCAAGGAUUAACCUACAUUCAUUACACUUUCACAGAAAUAUUUACACGUUUUUUUGUAAAUCUUGACAUAAAAAGUGUGUUAACCUUCUCAACAAGAGUAACUUCAUUUUGUUAUCAAUA